AUGAAGAUUCAGGGUAGCGUUGCUAUAGUAACAGGAGCAGCCCGAGGAUUGGGGAAAGGUAUUGCAGAGGAAUUGCUCAAACGAGGGGCAAAGGUAUGUAUAGCUGAUAUUAACAAAGGAGAGGGCGAGGCUGCUGCUGGAACACUUGCAACAACGUUUGGUCAACAGAAUGUCUUUUUCCAAGAAUGUGAUGUCACGAAGGAUGAACAUAUCAGAGGUGCGUUUUGUGCAGCUAAAACGAAUUUUGGAGCAGAGGUGAACAUUCUUGUGAACAAUUGUGGAAUAGUGCAGGAGGACAAUGUUUCACUCACUCUGGCAGUCAAUGCGGAAGCCCCUAUAAGAUCAACGUUUACAGCUAUUGAACUAAUGGGACGUCACAAUGGAGGUGCCGGAGGCGUUGUAAUCACAACUUCAUCUUUUCAGGGAUUAAUUCCGUUUGGUUUCAUGCCAGUGUACAGUGCGUCUAAACAUGCAAUCGUUGGGUUCGUGCGUAGCAUCGUGGAAAGUCCAGAUUUUAGUGAUUGGGGGAUGCGAUUUAACUGCAUAUGCCCUGGCGGUAUUGACACUCCCAUGUUAAAAGACGAAUAUCUUGAAGGACGUCUAAGUGAUAAAUCAUUUGCCAUAGUAAGGAAACUACUCACAACUAUUUCACUCCUUAGACCAAGUGAGGUUGCUUUAGGUUGUAUCAAGUUGAUUGAGGACGAUACAUUAAAUGGCAAGGCCUUACUCAUCAACCACGGGGAGACGGGGGAAGGCGAGGUAGCUUAUACGGUUAUAGAUCCACCUACUGACAAAGUCAGACUCUAGAAAGGACCAUUUUACGAAUUUUACGUCAUUGAUUAUUUUGCAAAUUUUAAAUGUGAUUGGAUUGUUACACAGAUUGCAUAUGUUUACAGAAACGGCAAACGUAGGACAGGGUACUACAAUAUUCGAAGAUGCAAUUUGAAAUUCAAAGUCUCGUGGAGCUACAUUCCGCAUAAAAUGUUUGAAAAUAUUUAAAAUUUCUAUACUGUCUGUUACUUCAUUAUGUUUGUC